UUGGUCGGUCGUACGUAGGUGCUGUGACUGACCUCACAAACCCUGUACCGGCGACCGACACGUGUCUCGCGGUGGCAGGCUGAUUUAGCGGAGGCUGUUGACGUAUCGCGUGAGAUAUGACGUCAUAGCCGCCGUGCGACAGAUCUCCACGUGUGUGUGCGGCAGUGUGCGGCAGUGGACACAUCAGUGCGGAGCGGGUGGUGGCGGGAAGUGGAGGAAGAAGAAGAAGAAGAAGAUAAUUAAUUAGGAGGAGGAAUAAUAAUUCCAGCGAUGGCGAGCGGUCGCGAUCAUGGCACCCCUGCGGGAAUGUCGAUGAUCUACUCUUUUUUGCUUUUUCUAAUCACGCUCUCCGCGCAGCAAGUCUACAAGGAAAAGCUUGCAUCGUCCGAAUGGUUUACGAUUCUCGGCGGUUUCGUGAGCUCCUUGCUCUUUCUAUUUCUGUUGACGUUUAUUGGCAAUUUCCAGGAAACAGUGCAGGCCAAGACAAAAUGGGCAGAAGUGAUAAUUUGUCUGACUGUCGCAAUGGUUGCAGCGAGCACGGUUCACAGAGUUUGCGUGACGACAUGCUUUCUGUUUUCGGCCCUGUUUAUCUAUGAAGUGAACAAGAUGUCGGCAGAGCCGACUGUGGAGCCGAAGGAGUGGAAAAAGGAGUCGAAGAAGGUUCACUGAGUCUCUGAGAAUUUUGGGCAAGCCAUCCUGUUUUGAGGAGAUUGCUACAAUUUUCAUUCUUCUUUUCGGACAGUUCCUCGCAUGAAAACGUCCUCUUUGCGAACGAGUGGAUGGUCCACACACUUAAACGCACAAAUUUUGUGAGGAGUCUGAGGACAGUUUGUGCUGCAAUUUAGAGGACUUGGACAUCGCAUGUUGGAAAUUCCCUUUUUGACCCUGUCGUGAGAAAAGCUCUCGUUCAUGUCCAUGUCCCAUGUCCCAUGUCCCAUGUCCCUUGUCCCAUGUCCCAUGUCCGUGUCCAUCUUCUUUGUCUUCUUUGGCCGCUCGUUUUUUCGUCCAGCCUCGCUCAUGUGGUUCAGUGUCUGUCAAAGCACAAUCUCACGCACUGGUAUUGUUAAUUAUGCCUGCCGUA